AUGGUAAGCAAUUCUCGUAAAGAUUGGGCUAAGAAACUAGAUGAUGCAUUAUGGGCAUAUCGCACUGCUUUUAAAACACCAAUUGGAAUGUCCCCAUAUCGGCUAGUCUAUGGUAAAGCGUGUCAUCUUCCUGUUGAGUUGGAACAUAAAGCUUAUUGGGCUAUGAAGCAGUUGAAUAUGAGCAUGCAAGCAGCAGGAGAGAAACGUAUUUUACAAUUAAAUGAGCUCGAUGAAUUUCGAAAUGAAGCUUAUGAAAAUGCAAAAAUUUAUAAGGAACGAACAAAAGCUUGGCAUGACAAAUUCAUCUUGCGCAAAAACUUUUUGCCAGGACAACAGGUACUUUUAUUUAACUCAAAGUUGCGACUAUUCCCAGGUAAAUUUAAGUCAAAGUGGUCUGGACCAUUCACCAUCACCAAGGUGUUUCCUUAUGGGGUCGUGGAGAUCAAUCAACCCGAAAAAGGAGCUUUCAAAGUUAAUGGACAGAGAUUAAAGCUAUAUUUUGAGGGAAAUUUUGACAAAGACAAAACGAAUAUCGUCCUUAACUCACCAUAA